AUGACUACCAAACCAUCGUUCUGGAAGAGGCGGUCUCUUCGCGUCCGUGAUGAUAGCAGAACUAAUGCUGCUGAGAUGACCUUGCGUCAGUCUCUGGUCCCUAUCUGCCUCGUCACGGUUCUCUUCUUUCUCUGGGGCUUUUCUUACGGAUUGCUUGAUACAUUGAACAAGCACUUCCAGAAUACCCUAGGAAUUGACAAGUCGAGAUCUGCUGGUCUUCAAGCAGCUUACUUUGGUGCCUACCCUCUAGCUUCCCUGGGCCAUGCAGCUUGGAUUCUGCGCCAUUUUGGCUACCGUGCCGUAUUCAUCUGGGGACUCUGCCUGUAUGGUGUUGGAGCAUUGCUCACUAUUCCUGCCAUCAAGGCGCACAGCUUUGGAGGAUUCUGCGCUUGCAUUUUCAUCAUCGGCAAUGGAUUGGGGUCCCUGGAGACAGCCGCCAAUCCCUAUAUCACCGUGUGCGGGCCUCCCAAAUUUGCCGAAAUUCGAAUCAAUAUUUCGCAAGCUUUCAACGGCAUUGGCUCCGUAGUUGCACCAGUCAUGGGCUCAUAUGUCUUUUUCAAAUUCAACGAUGAAGAUGCUCUCCGCAAUGUGCAGUGGGUAUACUUGGCUAUUGCAGCUUUCGUCUUCAUCUUGGCCACAAUCUUUUUCUUUUCUGACAUACCCGAAAUUACCGACGCGGACAUGGAAUUUCAAGCCUCGGAAGCCAACGCCGCAGACAACAACUUGCCUUUCAUAAAGCAAUACAGACUGUUCCACGCUGCAUUUGCUCAGUUCUGUUACACAGGCGCCCAAGUCGCCAUCGCAAGUUACUUCAUCAACUAUGUGACGGAGACACGACCGGGAACGAGCAAUUCGCUGGGCUCACAGUUCCUGGCCGGUGCCCAAGGCGCAUUUGCUGCUGGCCGAUUUGCGGGUGUUGGUCUGAUGCACUUUAUCAAGCCCAGAGUAGUGUUCGGCGUGUACCUGACCCUCUGCAUGGUCUUCCUCGCCCCGGCCAUUACACAGGGCGGUAAUGCCGGUGUGGCGUUGCUGUACGUGACCUUGUUCUUCGAGUCCAUCUGCUUUCCAACCAUUGUUGCUCUGGGUAUGCGCGGGCUUGGCCGUCAUACGAAGCGCGGAUCAGGGUAUAUUAUCGCAGGUGUUUUUGGCGGCGCGGCCGUGCCGCCGCUGAUGGGUCGUGUAGCCGACAUGCACUCAACUGGGUUAUCCAUGGUUGUGCCUCUUUGCUUCUUUAUCGGUGCAUGGACAUAUGCACUAGCAGUCAACUUUUGGCCGUGGUACAAGAAUACCAUUGACGCAUAUACCGUCACGGACGUUGGUAUCGACCCGAUGAUUGACCAUGCUGAGGAUGUUGAGAAGCAGAAAGGCGUGGAUGUGGACAAGGUGGUUGUGUCCACUCAGGAGUGA